UCGCUUUUGUUUUUGAUAUCCCAAGACAUUUCGGAAUCACACAAAGGACCAACACAUUGACGAUAUGGGCUGCAGUAUAAUACAUCAAUAUGUGCAAUGGUUUACCCUCCAACUGAGUUCAACAUGGUGCAAUUAAAGACUGGCAUUGUGUUCCCUAAACAAAUUAUAUUUUAAACUAUUAUUCAAAAUAUUUGAAAGUUAUCAGUGGUCAUUUCCAUAGAGCAUUAUGUUGGCAAAAAUGUCCUGACAGGUUUGUAGGUGUAGUUUCAUUUUUACACCUUUAUUUGUUUCUAUCUAGACAUGUUUGAAAUACUUUUACUGUUUAUCACCGUGUUUAAGCAUUUUAGCGAUUAACUGAUAUUAAGACUUGCCGAGUAAUUCUAAAGAUCAGGUGAUCAUAUGUAGAAAAUCGAUGAAUCCAGGGGUGUGUUCAAUGUGUUUGCUACGUUCAACAAUUUGAACUUAACACAUACAUUUGAGUAAUUUAGAAAACGCUAUCUACACGUUUUCCCUAGACUUCCUUGUACGUUUUUGAACAGAGUGUGACGUACAUUUGUUCCUUACGGUGGUUGUGCCGGAGUGUAGCUUGAAAGAAAUUAGUGACAUUUAAAGGGCAGCGGAUACAUUUUGAACCCAUAACCCCUCGCCGUUUUUCAACUGGUCGUUCAUUAUGACACGGUUUCCGUUGUACUGAACGCAGUUUAGCUUUGAUCGUUUGACUAUCAAUGCAAUGGGUGGGGCCACAAACGCUAUCACGAAUUAGAUAUUUUGAGACCAAUGACCAUGAAGGCAUAUCACAUGGUGAUUGUCAUGUGACUAUUAGAAGCUGCGACUUUGUGAUUGUGGAGCGCAGCGUCCCUAUUCUCUUGUAAUUUGUUUCCUCAAUGUUUAGCUUUCUGACAGUCCUAAACGAAUAUUUCUAUUAAUUUCUUAAAUUGUAUUAUUCGUAGGAAUUCAUUCAUGUCCUGCAAAGCAUCGCCAUGGCAUCAUCGAACUGUAACUGCAUCCAAGACGGUACAGAGAAGGAUGAGCUGUUCUCACCUGUGAGCAGCUACAGGUCCGAUGACCUCAGUGGCGGGAACCCCCGGGUCACCGGUCUGGUAGGCUCAGAGCUCAGGCAACCGCAGGAGGAGGAGGCACUGCGGAGGAAGCUCAAGUACUUUUUCAUGAGCCCCUGUGACAAGUACCACGCCAAAGGCCGCAAGCCCUUUAAACUAGUCCUGCAGCUGCUCAAGAUACUCAUUGUCACUGUACAGUUAGUCCUGUUUGGCUUGAGUAACCAGAUGGUGGUGACAUUCAAGGAAGAGAACACAGCAUCCUUCAAACACCUUUUCCUUAAAGACUACCGGGAUGGCUCUUCAAUGGCAAUCCACACACAGAGUGAACUCUAUAGCCAUAUUUAUUAUGCUGUAGAUCAGUUCCUGGCUCUACCACAGACAUCAGUGGGGCGGUAUGCAUAUGUGUGGGGUGAGGGUGUGAAUGAGAGUGCCCUCUCUCUGUGCCAGCGGUACUACAAGAGGGGCAUCAUCGACCCCAUCAACGACACCUUUGACAUCGACCCCAAAGUUAUUACCGAUUGCAUUGGUGUGGACCCACUACCAGACCCUCCUUCUCCUGAUUACAGUAACUACAAGAACUUCACUCUCCAGUUUCACAAGCUGAUCAAUGUGACCAUUCAGUUCCAGCUGAAGGCCAUAAACAUCCAGACCAUCAUCAACAAUGAGAUCCCUGACUGCUACACCUUUGCUAUUAUGGUUGUCCUGGAUAACAAGGCUCACAGCGGCAGAGUGAAGAUCAGCCUGCUCAACCAUGCCUCCAUCAAGAAGUGCAAAGACCCCAACGUGUGGGGACAUGCGGAGAACUAUGCACGGGAGGCUUUUGACGUGCUGGUGGCCAUAGUGUGUCUGCUGUCCCUGCUGCUGUGUGGUCGCUCCAUCCUCAGAGGAGUCAUCCUACAACAUGAGUAUGUCCAGUUCUUCAGACACAGACUGAAUCACAGUGUGUGCUGGGCAGACAGGAUGGAGUUCAUUAACGGCUGGUUCAUCCUGCUCAUCAUCAGUGACCUGCUCACCAUCACCGGCAGCUUCAUCAAGAUUGGCAUAGAGUCCAAGAACAUGUCGUUGUAUGAUGUGUGUGGGAUUCUGCUCGGUACCUCCACUCUGCUGGUGUGGGUGGGAGUCCUCCGCUACCUCAGUUUCUUCCAGAAGUACAAUAUCCUGAUUGUGACGCUGCGGGCUGCCUUCCCUAAUGUAAUCCGCUUCUGCCUCUGUGUAGCUGCCAUAUACCUGGGUUAUUGCUUCUGUGGCUGGAUCGUGCUGGGUCCUUACCAUACCAAGUUCCGCUCUCUGUCCAUGGUGUCAGAGUGCCUGUUUUCUCUGAUCAACGGGGACGAUAUGUUUGUGACGUUUGCUGAGAUGCAGAAGAGUGGCACGCUGGUGUGGGUGUUCAGCCAGGUCUACCUCUACACCUUCAUCUCCCUCUUCAUCUACAUGGUGCUCUCCCUCUUCAUUGCGCUCAUCACCGGAGCCUACGAUGCCAUCAUGGCCCAAACCCAGGAGCCGAUGCACAUCACAGACCUGCAUGCUUUCAUAGCAGAGUGUACUGAUACACCUUGCUCUGGAAAGUUCCGUGGCCCAGAGGCAUCCUCCUGUUCAUUCUUCUGCUGCUGUGACUGAAGAGAGAAUCCUCCAGUGGGAGGAUGUCUUCUUGGUGAUCGGACCUUAGACUACACUGUCCUCUGUAGGAUGUGGCUGUAGAUCGCACAUUAAUAUUUAAUAUACCAGUUCAUUGGGUUUUCAUAGCUAACAAGUUACAUUUAUAUGGCUAGCACAUUCUGCUAGCUAAUUCAUGACUGUAAUACAACAAUAUAGCUAGCUGUCCUUUCCGAGAGAACUGAUUUUGCACAACGUACUGUAUAUCUGAAUAUGUUUUACUAAAUAGGAAUUGUAUUUAUGGUGCAAUUUUGAUUUAUAUUGUUGAUAAGCCUUUGUUGAAUUGGGUCUGCAUGACCCUAUGACUGAGGGACGGCAAUGGUUUAAUUGUGCUUUUACUGUGCCUGGGGGCCCUGAACAUUAUGAUUGUCCUCUGAAUCAUGUUUAUGACAGAGACACGCACUAACAGACAGGCUGAAACGUGCACACCGUUAUGUACUGUAUUUUUAGGGAAGGCUACUCACUCUUUGGUCCUUUAUUCCCCUCUCCUCCUCUGGAUGGGAUGACGACAUGUUCAAGGACGGCCGUAGUUAGUCAUCAAUAUGUAUGAAGCCUUUGGUGUAAAGAGACAGGUGACCCUGACCUGAACACCAAUGUACUGCAAGACCGCUAUAGUGGGUUUUAUAGUGCACUGUACAGACUCCAUAUUGCUGAGGAAAAGACACAUUUUAAUUUUAAACGAUGCUAAAUGUUUUAACCACCCUUAUUAAUUAUUUUGUUGGAUGACUGUUGCACCUGACUGAAAUACAAGGCCAGUAAAAUAUUAUUUUAUGAGAUAUAUCUGACAUUGUUAUAUUGAAUUCAGUGUUAAUGUAUUGAAUCUUUCUCCAGGCAAAUUAAUUCUGCAAACCAGUAUGUGGUCCAAAUCAUGAUUCACUGAAGGAAAGGGACUGAAUUAUCAUAUUGUAUCGGUUUUAUUUGAAAAACCUUUUGAAGUGAUAAUGUCAUUUAAUUGUAUGAAAUGUUAUGAAAGCUUAUAGUGAUAUUCAUUAGGGGAAAAAAGGACUCAUUGCACAAGAUUCGUAAGCGAUCAAAAGGAAGGGAAGAGUUGUCAGUAUAGGACAAAUAGAGAAAUCAUUGAUGUGUACUCAGAAUGUACUGUUUCUGGUGAAGGUGUUUUUCCAUUACAUGUUUUCAAAAGUGAUUUAUUCAAGUAAGUGUUGAUGACUAGAAAUGUACUUUUUUCUUCUCCUUCCCAUUCUUUGAAUGUUUUUACUUAGUACAUUUAUCUUGCUUGAGAUGAUCAGGUACGCAUGUACGAUGAGCCAUGAUGACAGAACUAGAACCAGUGCUAAAUGUCUCAUGGCAUGCAGCACAGUGGCGUAGACGAUUACUUGUAAGGAUUGUUGUUUUUAGUGUAUUUCUUAACUACAUGUGUUUUAUACUCUGCUAACGUGAUAAUUUCUGAUGUAUUUCUCAUUGUUUUACUCUGUUAUGGUUGGUUAGACUGAUACUAAUAAUUUUAGUAUGGCCAAAUUGCUCAACAUCUACAUUUUGGAUGAGAAUCUUGCUUGUACAUAUUUAUUUUUAAAGCUGUUCUCGUUUUUUGCCCUUUUUUUUUCAGUACAUUGCAUAUCUGUGCCACCUCUCUGGCUAAUACCAGUAAACCACCUCCAAUUAAAACUA